AUGGUUACAGACAAGGUCACAGGUACGGUCACAGGCACACUCAGAGGCACGGUCACGGGCAAGGUCACAGACAAGGUCACAACAGGCACGGUCACAGGCAAGGUCACAGGCACGGUCACAGGCACGGUCACAGGCACGGUCACAGGCACGGUCACAGGCAUGGUCACAGGCACGGUCACAGGCACGGUCACAGGCAUGGUCACAGGCAAGGUCACAGACAAGGUCACAAUCACGAUCACAGGCAAGGUCACAGGCACGGUCACAGGCACGGUCACAGGCAUGGUCACAGGCAAGGUCACAAUCACGAUCACAGGCAAGGUCACAGGCACGGUCACAGGCACGGUCACAGGCACGGUCACAGGCACGGUCACAGGCACGGUCACAGGCACGGUCACAGGCACGGUCACAGGCACGGUCACAGGCACGGUCACAGGCACGGUCACAGGCACGGUCACAGGCACGGUCACAGGCAAGGUCACAGGCACGGUCACAGGCACGGUCACAGGCACGGUCACAGGCACGGUCACAGGCACGGUCACAGGCAUGGUCACAGGCACGGUCACAGGCACGGUCACAGGCAUGGUCACAGACAAGGUCACAAUCACGAUCACAGGCAAGGUCACAGGCACGGUCACAGGCAAUGUCACAGGCCCGGUCACAGGCCCGGCCAUAGGCACGGUCACACGGUUACAGGCACGGUCACAGGCAUGGUUACAGACAAGGUCACAGGUACGGUCACAGGCACACUCAGAGGCACGGUCACGGGCAAGGUCACAGACAAGGUCACAACAGGCACGGUCACAGGCAAGGUCACAGACAAGGUCACAACAGGCACGGUCAUGGGCAAGGUCACAGACAAGGUCACAACAGGCAAGGUCAUAG